GUUAUUUAAAUUUUAUGAAUCAGAAAAUUGUGAUGAGAAAUGAAGAUCGUGAAGUUGAAGGUCAUGCAACUGAAUAAGUAUCUGUUUCUAUUCAUAUCUAGCCUGUUGAAAUAUAAUAAGACACUAUCAAAUUAAAUGAAGCUCACAUUGACUUAAUUGUCAAAGAAUUCGAUGUUGAUAGAUUUUAAGCCACAAGAUGGUUAAAAAAAAAUGAAGGAGAUUUAUAAAAGACUAUUAAGUGGGUUAUUAACAAUUGAAUUUUAGAUUUUAUAUAUUAAAAGUCCAUCUUAUCUAUUACCUAUG